AUAGACACAUCCCAUAGGCUCCACCACCGUUUCAGGCGUUAUCAAGUCCCUUAUCCCAGGAAUUAUGAACGAAAGGCCCUAGAUCUAGAUGCUAUUGAUACCCUCCUAACUCGCCAAAUGAGCGGCGGUUCCUUGACCUGGCAUUCAUUCCCAAAAUCCUGGAACGAACCACCCGCGCAUGGUUCCUUCAAGAGAAUAUUAGAUUUAGGCUGUGGGGACGGUGUAUGGGUAAUCGAAGCUGCCAAGUACUGGAAAGGCUGCCAAGUCGUCGGCCUUGAUAUCGUACCUCUCAACCCAGACCUUCCUCGUCUCUCCAGAAACAAGGAUCUACUCAACAGAGUAAGCUGGGUCCAAGCAAAUUUCCUUGAAUGCCUUCCAUUCCCGAACGAAUCCUUCGAUUUCGUACACGUAAAGCGUAUCGCUCGAGGCGUGCCAGAGGACAAGGUCCGUCUGCCUGUUUCCUCCAACUGGGACGACCUCUUCGAAGAAAUCACCCGCGUGAUGAAACCAGGCGCAGCAUUUGAGGUCAUCGAAGAGGAAUUGACCUUCCCGGGGUCAGAUGGGGAAGGCAGCGAAGUUGGGACAUUGAGAAGUAAAGGAAGCAACAUUUCCAUGUCUAUCUCUAGUGUUGUAUCACUAGAUUCGACAGGCGUCAUCCCGCCGGAUCCGCGAGACCAUACAGUCCUUGAGACGAUUUACAACGAGACGCACGCGGAACGGUUCAUUAACCUUUCUCCAUUGAGUUUGUUGGCUAAUACGGUGGGGCUGUGGUUCAAAGGUGAGUCCUUGUUGUUCAUUCCAUCAUUUUUGGGCAGGGAUGAUGAUGGGUGGUGGGGUGCAUGGAUACGUCUCGGGUGA